GUUUUAUUCAAAAGUCAAAACCAUAACAUAGACCCGAGGAUCUCACUGACCGUCAUCUUGUCCCUGAACCAAUUCUUUAUCCCUUUUCUUCUUCUCCAAUCUUCCUUAAAUUCAACAAUAAUUCAUGAAACAUUGAGCUGUUUCCAGAAAAGGAUAAGAAGAUGGAUCCAAAUUUUUCUGGAACAAGCAAUUUCACAAACAGCUUCCGUGUUGAUGAAGAAGGGAGCAUAAUUGUCUCGGAUCCAAAUCAAUAUGAUGCAUACUGGGAUGUGUAUCAACAAUAUAGCAGUCUCUUAGCUGUUAACCCUAAUGGUUUUGCAGGAAAUUCAAACCCUGAAGAAGGUUCUGCUGCUGUUUCAUCCAUGUCCAUGAACUCUGUGACAGAACCUUCUCUGGAAGACUCUGACUAUUUUGAAACCACCAAAUUCAUUAGCCAAAUUCUGAUGGAUGAGUAUGGUGAAGAGAGUCCAAUUUUUGACCCAUUGAGCUUGCAACUCACUGAGAAAUCAUUCCAUAAUGCUCUGUUUGACAAUCAAUACCCCUUGAAUGUUCAAAGCCCUAAUGGUGAAACCACUAGCAGCAGCAGUAACUGCAGCAGCAGCAACAGCUAUUCACACAGCAAUGACAAUUCUUGUGAGUUGAACCCCCCUUCUGUAAAUACACCUGUUGCUGUUAUUGGUGAUCAUGCUUUUCAGCUUAACUCUCAUGGACUGCUAGAUUUGGAUUCUCCUGUUAGCAAACCGUUGGCAGCGCUGGAUAUUUUCAGUGGUGCAGAUUCUGAAUCCCAGUUUAGGAGAGGGUUAGAGGAGGCUACUAAGUUUCUUCCUUCUCCGGAACCCCGGAUUGUGACGGGUGUAGAGUCGUGUGGAGAAUCGUCUUCUAAUAUGGCUGAGGAGAAUUCUCUUGGGUUGAAGUGUAGGAGAAAGAAUCGUGAGCGUGGAGAAAGUGAUUCUAAGGAAGAAGGGAGAUGUAACAAGCAAUCAGCAGUUAGUGCUGCUCUUGUUGAUGAGGAUGACUUGUCUGAUGUGUUUGAUCGAGUGCUGGUUAACAUGGAUCGUUUACCACAGGGUAAUGAACAUGGUCCGUUGAAGGAUGGCGCGGAGAAAGUCAAGCAGCGAGGUGAAAAGCCACCUUCAUCUGAUGAACACGGCUCGUUGCAGGAUGGCGCGGAGAAAGCGAAGCAGCGAGGUGAAAAGCCGCCUUCAUCUAAUGGAGGGAAGGCUCGGCCUAAGAAACAAGGCAGGAAGAAGGACACGGUGGAUAUUAGGUCUCUUCUGCUUCUGUGUGCGCAAGCUAUUCAUGCCAAUGAUUAUAGAGCUGCUAAUGAACUUCUAAAGCAGAUAAGGAAGCAUUCUUCUCCCUUUGGUGAUGGGUCACAAAGAUUGGCUCAUUACUUUGCCAAUGGCCUUGAGGCACGCUUGGUUGGGGAUGUUGCCGCUGCACAACUAUUUUUUUAUGCUCCUACCUACAAGACAACCUCAGUUGCUGAUUUUUUGAAAGGUUAUCAAGUUUAUCUAUCUGCUAAUCCAUUUAGGAAGUUUGCACAUUUCUAUGCUAACAAAAUGAUUAAGAAAGCAGCUGCCAAAGCUGAAACCCUUCAUGUUAUUGAUUUUGGCAUCUUCUAUGGCUUCCAAUGGCCACUACUCAUCAAAUUUUUAUCAGAGAGAGACGGUGGACCUCCCAAGCUGAGGAUCACAGGGAUAGAAUACCCGUUACCUGGCUUUCGUCCCACAGAAAGACUUGAGGAAACUGGUCGUCGCUUGGCCAGCUAUUGCAAGCGUUUCAAUGUUCCCUUUGAGUACAAUGCCAUAGCAUCAAGGAACUGGGAAACCAUUCAAGUUGAAGACCUUAAAAUUAAGAGCAACGAGUUUGUUGCUGUGAACUGUAUGAUGAGGUUCAAGAAUUUACUGGAUGAGACAAUUGAAAUGAACAGUCCCAGAGAUGCUGUUCUGCGUUUGAUCAAGAGGAUAAAUCCAGAUAUUUUUGCUCAGUCUAUCAUAAAUGGAUCUUUCAAUGCCCCUUUUUUUGUCACACGGUUUAGGGAGGCCUUGUUCUAUUAUUCUGCUAUUUAUGAUAUUUGUGACAGUGUCAUACCCCGGGAUAACCAAUGGGGGAUGAUCAUUGAGAGGGAGAUGGUGGGCCGGAACGCUAUGAAUGUGAUAGCAUGUGAAGGUUUGGAGAGGAUUGAGAGGCCUGAGACAUACAAACAGUGGCAGGUUAGGAACACAAGGGCUGGUUUCAAGCAGCUUCCUCUGAACCAGAAAUUAAUGGCAAAAUUUAGGACCACGUUAAGGAAAUGGCACUCCAGUGAUUUUUCCUUUGAUGAAGACCACAAUUGGAUGCUUCAAAGUUGGAAAGGCCGCAUUUUGGCUGGUUCUACUAUUUGGGUUCCAGCAUGAUGAACUAACCAUUGACUGUAAGGUAUAAUUAUAAGAAUCUUACUCUGUCCAUAUUUGCGCUUCCUUCUUUUCUCCGGUUAUCGUUUCGAGUUACUUGGUUACUUGAGAUAUUCCAGCUUGUAUCAUGCAAUCUGGAAGCUUAUUUUACUACUUAAAUGGUUUUCUGGCUCUGGUAUUAGCUGGUCAAGUCAAGCCUGUUUACAGCACCUUGAUGUGAUGAACAUUCUUCUGAUGUAUCCACCUAGGCACCAAGUGACUAUUAACUUAUAGGAGAACCUCUUUCAUAGAAUUGAGACUUUUGAAUGUAUAAAGCAAAUUCUAUAAUGAUAAAGAGAGUAUAUUAGAGUAAGAA